AUGGCAGAAUAUCUCACCAUGCCCAUCCUCAAUGAACUUAUCCGACGAGUCGAGGAGGACCCAGGAAACGAGGACGCUGUGAAGGCAAUGACAUCCGGAAUUCUUUCUUUCUACUUUUCUAUCGAUGAAGGAUUCAUAGUCGCACCCAUAUCAACGGGCGGCAAGUGCUCUACAGGCUUUGGAUACAUUAUCCGCCACAUUCAGCCCAGUCUCUCAGAGAAUCGUAAGAUUGCCGAUCACGUCGUGGUUAGAUCGGAAGUAGAUGAUAAUCUUCAAAGUUGUAUCGAUCGACUUCGGCAUUCCAUUGAGAGCCGAGCUCCAGUGGUGGAAAGUUGUUGGGCAGUAUUGGUUCAGGGUCAGUCGGUCUACUUUUAUGAGUAUCAUGGACAGCUGCCUGAACAUGAGCGUCUUGUGCCCUGGGAACUAUCUGGUCAAUCGCAGGAGCAGCAUGCCUUUCAUGUACGCAGAGAUAGUGUUCAGAUUGAACAGAUGUUGAGGCAUAUGGCACUACAUGAUAUGCCUGCGCGGGAGACAGUGGAGCAUGGAUAA